GACAUCAAAAUGACCAAAUCGUGAUUUUAACUUCUUCCUCAGCCAGAAGUUUUCCGUUUCUUUUCUUCAUCGCAAUUUUGCAGGCAGCUACUUUAGCCUCCAAAUCCCUCCUUUUUCUCUCCUUUCUCACUCACAAUCAGCUCACGAUUUCGAGAAUCGAUUCAACCAUUUUGAUCUUCAAUCUUUCUUAGGGUUUCUCCUUCUUCUCUCUCUCGGAUUUUAGCUCUUCUCGACUAUUACUCACCUCUCUCAUGGCGAUGAGAGGUGUCGAUUUCAAGUGGUACGAUGGGUUCUUCUUGUCGAUGCUUGCGACUAGUGUAAUCAUUGUAGCUGUCAACUGGAACAGAUAUCGAGCGUGCGAAUACCCGUUGCAUAUAUGGAUUGUGGUCGAUUACACCACCGUGUUUUUAUUCCGCGUCUUCAUGUUUGUUGACAAUGGUCUUGCUGCUGGACUUGGCUUGGAUUUUGGAAGUCAACAGCGGAACGCCAUGUUUUGUGGGAGAGUGGUUGUCCUGUCUGUCCUAUCUCUGUUGCUCUAUCCUUUUCUGUGGGCUUGGACUGUAAUUGGUACACAAUGGUUUACAAGGGCGAAAACUUGUUUACCUGAAGAAGGCCAGAAAUGGGGUUUUCUCAUUUGGUUGAUGUUCAGCUACUGUGGCCUCCUCUGCAUUGCUUUCAUCUGUGUCGGAAAGUGGUUGACACGAAGACAGGUACACUUAUUACGUGCUCAGCAGGGAAUUCCGAUUUCAGAGUUCGGGAUUUUAGUUGACAUGAUUAGGGUACCUGACUGGGCAUUCGAAGCCGCUGGCCAAGAGAUGAGAGGCAUAAGUCAAGAUGCUGCUACAUAUCAUCCUGGACUUUACUUGACUCCAGCCCAGACGGAAGCUGUCGAGGCACUCAUUCAAGAACUUCCUAAGUUCAGGUUAAAAGCUGUGCCAGAUGACUGUGGUGAAUGCUUAAUCUGCUUAGAGGAGUUCCAUAUUGGCCAUGAGGUUAGAGGUUUACCUUGCGCCCAUAAUUUCCAUGUGGAGUGCAUAGACCAGUGGCUGCGUUUAAAUGUGAAAUGUCCCCGUUGCCGGUGCUCGGUUUUCCCAGACCUCGAUCUCAGUGCAUUAUCCAACCUCCAGAGCUCAGGAACAGAACAACCUUCACAAGUAAACACAGAAACAACAGAAGCUCGGUACAUAAGAAGCCAACCUCAGAGCGAGAGCUACUUCUUGAGAGUUCAAUCCUUAAUUCACCCAGUCCACACAGACACCGCUCUGGAGACUGCAGAGAACGGUGGAGUUCCUCCUGUCUUGACCGAUCUAUCUCCAUCUCGGAGAUGAGAGAAAGAAAUGACCCUAUGGAAAUUUUACUCAAUACUAACUCUCGACUGAUUUGCCUGCCUACCCACCCUCUCUCAUAAAAAGUUGAACAUUCUUAAAAUGUAAAUAAAUUGGGGUUUAAAGAAGAGAAAAACCAAUCCUGUGUUUACAUUUGGUAAGAAUGGAGAAUUGUUGAUCAUGUCCAAACUCUUUAAUAUUCAGGAAAUUUUUACUUUA